AUGUCUGAGGCCUCGGAUAAAGCUCAACCGGGUUGGCGAAUCGCUCGCGCUUGCCAGGAAUGCCGCAAACGUAAAAUAAAAUGCAAUGGCCUGACCCCGUGCAAAACUUGCCAAUUGCGCAAUACACCUUGUGUAUACAGAGAUUACAUUCGUCAUCGCCGAAAGAAACAUGAGUACGGGGAAGUCGGCGAGAGGAGUUUACCUCGUCAGGGGUCCCCGAGUGGAGUUCCACCAUUGGGGCAGCGCACAGCCUCUGCCAUGAAUGACUUCCCAAAUAGUGUUUCUGCAACACAUACGGCAUCACCGUCAUGCCGGAUGCAACUAUACUAUGGUCCCACAUCUUAUUUCUCUCUCAUGCAGCAUAUCUACCAAGAUCUCAUCUCCAAUCCUACCUCCCGACCUGAACCCUCUGGCGGGGUUGAGGAAGCUGGAGCUGGCUUGGACUUGUUUAGCUUCCGACGCAUCUUUUUCGGAACCCCAGACUGUCAUGAGAAAAAAAAGUCUCUCGGGAAAGGGGACUUGCCUAUGAUGUUCCUGCCGUACGACCUGGCUAAGCUUUUUCUGUCGCGAUAUUUAUCCAGCCUUUAUCAUCUGAUCCCACUUCGCCCCAAGUUCUAUUAUGAGCAAUGUCUACACAGACUAUACAACUCUUCGCCCGCAGAUUGUCUAGAUACUCCCACACAAUCGAUCAUUCUACUUGCCAUGGCAAGCGCGGCACUUGGUACGGAUCAUUCUGCCUGGGGCGAUGUGCUGUUCGAGCGUGUGAAGGCUUCGUUGACUGCGUUUGAUGACGUGGUGAACCUUCAGACCAUUCAAAUUUCUUUGCUUAUGAUAAGUCGUUAUUGUUCUACCUUUUUGCAUGCAGACUGA